GCCGGUCCCUUCCCCUAAAACGGUGCCGUUUCAUUUUUAAUCCACAAUAGCAGGGGAUUAAGAGGCAAUUGGCCAUUUCUUCAAGCCUCUAUUAAAGCUAAACCCUAAUUUCUCUCAUUUGGCCGAUUUUUACCCCUCUUUAGCACCAAGCCUCAAAAGACCCUAGCCGCCAUUUGACCACCCCAAACGGUGAUCGACGGAGGGUGAUCUGUUCGCUAGUUAACCCCACUUGGAUCCCUACCUCAUGGACCGCCGAUUUUACCCCCAAAAUCCCCUCUAUAACUCCGAUCUCGACAAAGGAACUAGGGACUUCGAUGGCGCGUUCGAAAAGGUAAGCCCUUCGCCUUUUUUAUUCGUGUCUUCAAAUAAAAAUAAAAAAAACAACAAGAACUAAAUAAUAAAGCCGAAGAGAAAGAAAAAAGAAAAAAAAAUAUAGAAUAAAAAAGUGCCCAGCGAUUUAAAUCGGAAAUCACCUCUUGAUUUUGAUAGCCUUUUUCUCUAUUACAAUAUGCGAAGUGUGCCUCCCUUGAUUACAUUCUUUGGCUUUGGCUUUUGAAGCCGAAAGUAAAAAAAAAAAUGAAGAAAAAAGAAAAAGAAUACAAAAAGCUGCUCCUUUUUUGUCUCUAUUUUGCUGUUGUCUGCUUGUCUGCUUGCAGGAACGUGGCGGUGUACGAAGAUGGUACGAUUGUGUCGACGUGGAGGCGCGAACGAUGGUAGUGCUGGAGGAUGCUGAAGGCUGCUGCAGCGCCAAGCGAAUGGGGCUAGGGUUAGGGUUCCCAAGAACUUUCAAAGGAUUAGGCCUAUCGGGCUCUAUUAGUUGUUGGGCCAUUGAGUAUUGGGCUAGGAUUAAUUCAAUUUUAAGUUUUAAAUUUGAGUUUGGGUUUGAAAUUGGGAUAUAUAAUUUGAACUUGUGGACAUUUAAUUUGGUUUAAUUUUUAUUUAUUUUUUAAAUUUUGGUUUUUAGUUGUUGGGCCCGGGCAGAUUUGGCCCAUUACAAAGUCAUAAAUGUAACAUAGGCUUACAUAUUGAUCGGUGUUUAAUUAACUGUUAACUCAGGUUGAUUUCUGAAAAAUAUCAAUAGCACAAAACCAAAAAUCUAAAGCAAUAGGUUUAUCUCUCUGAAUAUUAUCAGUCUGUAAAGAAGAAAUAUCAGUAUCAAAAAUAGGCAAAAGAAACGUGGGAGAGACAUCGAGAUAAGGUCACUCUUACGAGCUCGUGAGCCGUCUUAACCAUUCGUUUAGUCCACCGAAAGGAGUCAAACAGUCUUGAAGAACAAGCCUAAAUUCAUAUAAGUCAUGCCGUGAAGAGUUAUACGCUCUAUAACAUCCCCACAAUCCGAUUCGAAAAUUACCUUUCCAAAAUUUAGUGUUCUCAACCAAGAGAGAGUCUCUCGUAUGGUCACCAAUUCAGCCAUUUGUACCUCCCAAACAGUAGGGGCCGUUCCUAAACAACCUCGGAUAAAAGACCCAGUAUGAUCUCGAACAAUAGCUGCAAAACAACCGCCCGAUGUAGAAGAGAUGGCGGUGCCAACGUUGCACUUUACCCAACCAUCAGCCGGCUUCUCCCAAGUGACUCGACUGCUGCUCCUUCCCGACGGAACGCACUGCCCCCUGGAUAAAACAGUCGGAGCAUCUUGCCACUUCUUCAAAAACCUGUCAGCCUGGUUGACAAUCACAGCUGCUGGCGCAUCUGUUUGCUUCCAAACGAACAGGUUUCUAUGAAACCAUAGACACCAGGCUAGCGUCAGAAUUCUGCACUAAAUUAGCAGAAACUUGAAAAGUAGACAGCUGAAUUUUGAAAUCUGAAAAAGUAGAGAGUUUAAUUUCCUAGAAAUAAAAGUAUAGGGGUUAAAUCUAAAUUUACAAAAGUACAGUGACUUAUGGAAAAAUUUAUCCUUUUUAUCUUAUCCGGUAUGUAAUCGACUGCCACGUGGUAAUUCCUCCUUUUUAGUUUUCUGACAGCUGGAAACUAUGGGUUUAAUUACCUUCAACUGCCAGUGAACCAAUCUCUAAUCCACCGGCUCAACCGGUUUUUUGGUCAAUAACUAUGGGUUUAAGCCUUUUAUUUUGUAAUGUCGGUUUUUUUUUUUUUUUUAAUUUCUUAAGCUUUGAAGGGUUUUUGUAAAAAAAAUUCUUCGUUUCAAAUUACAACAACUGAACCAAAAAAUAAAAAAAUAAAAAUCUGAUCUUUGUUUCAGCUGAAUUUUCAUUAAAAGUAUUGCAUUUUUAAUUGUUUUCUUUGUGUAUAUGUGUGUGUAUAUAUAUUGGGAUUUAAGAACUGAAGAUCCUUUCAAUUCAAAAGAGAAUUUGAGUCUGGAAUAUUUUCUUCUUGUUGAGGGAUUGAAUUACCUUAGCAUGCGUGUGAUAUGGUGUUUAAGAAGAGGUUAGAUUAUGGAUUCAAUGCCUUCAAUGUCCACGAUGUACCCCGAGCCCCUCGAUCCAUGCGGAGGAGGAGUCAAAGUAAGUGUACAGUUGAGGAAAGUCAGUUUUGCGCAUUCGAAAUGUUAGCUUCUCUAGCUGGGAAGCUACUGCAGGAGAGUGAAAGUUCUGCUUCGGGCAAUGCUUCAGAAGGACAUGAAUGUGAUUCUAUAGGUAAAAAUUGUUUUAAACAGGAAAUCCAGUACGAAGAUAAGCCUUUGAAACCCAAAUGUUUUGAGCAAGGAAGGUGUGAAGCAAGCGUUGCUGCCUCAGAGUUGACUACUGAAAAUGGUGAUGAUUCGAAGGACUUCAGAUGUGCUAAAAAUAAUGCCAUCUUGGAAUGCACUUUGACAAAGACGGAUCCUGCUUGCUCAGAGGAAAUCAAUGGCGAUUUAAAGUAUGGGAGUUUUCCGGGUAAUGUAGAUGGUCACUCCCCUUAUUUUGGGGAGUCGUAUAAUGGUAAAACUGAGAAUGCAUUUAAACAAGAGCGAGAUCCUACGGGUUUGGAGACUCAGGCUCUAAAUAUUGCUAAUAAAGGCCCUCCAAAGGAUCCCGUUAACUUUGAUAGAGUUGUCAAAUUGCUAUCACGUCGGGACCCUGUUCCUAGUGUUCCAUUUACAAGACGUAGGAAUGAUAUUAAGUUAGGCAGUAGAGAUGAUGAAGAAAACUUUUCUAGGUUAAAGAGACUUAGCAAGAGGUUUAAGGCUUCUAGACCUCCAACACAUAUCGGAGACCGAAGAAUAAGGAAGUUGCUGACAUCCAAAUACUGGAAAGUUGCUGCAAAGUUGAAAGAUUUUGAACAUUCUAGAUUUGGAGGAAAAAGGCCUCUGUAUUGCAAGCGGAAGACAUACUACAACUACCACAGAUGUCAGUAUGACAUGCUUUAUAAACAGAGGAAGAUCUUUGACCGUAAAAGCGUUACUAGUUCUCCUGAGAAGGAUAUGAAUGGUGAUAAGUGUAGCACAGCUGCAAUGUCAGAUAGAGUGAAAUUUAGCAUCAAGUCCUUUAGGAUUCCAGAACUUUACAUCGAGGUGCCUGAAACUGCAACUGUUGGUUCACUGAAGAGGACCGUAAUGGAGGCAGUGACAGCCUUAAUUGGAGGUGGAAUACGUGUUGGGCUACUCCUUCAAGGGAAAAAGGUGAGAGAUGACAGCAGAGCUCUAUCACAGGCUGGUAUUUCCUGUGAUGAUAAUCUGGAUGCUCUCGGUUUCACUUUGGAGCCUGGUCCUGCAAAAGCUCCUCCAACCAUGUGCUCUGAAGAACCACCUCUUUUAUUAUCAUAUGACGCCGCCCUGCAAAAUUUAACGAGCUCUCUGGCCGCUCCAGCUGUAAAUACUGGCAUUCCGAAUUGCACACCCAACCUACCUUUUCUGACCAAUUCAGAAAAUCCUGCGACUGACCAUGAACCUGUUUCCUCCAAAAUUGACAUGCCAACCGAUCAAAGCCUGUUGGAGUCAAGGGCUCUGGUUCCGGUUCCAGUUCCAGCAACAAAUGUUGAGGCACUAACUGCUGUCGCAGUCAACCAGAAAUUCCAAAAAUCUGAGCUUGCACAGCGUCGAAUCUGGAGGCCGUUUUCCAUAUCAGAAGUCGAAGCAUUGGUACAGGCAGUUGAGGAGAUUGGUACUGGAAGGUGGCGUGAUAUUAAAUUGCGAGCUUUUGAGAGUGCUGACCAUCGGACUUAUGUGAAUUUGAAGGAUAAAUGGAAAACACUGGUUCACACGGCGAAGAUUUCCCUGCAACAACGGCGAGGAGAUCCAGUACCUCAGGAACUCCUGGACAGAGUUUUGGUUGCCCAUGCUUACUGGGCUCAGCAUCAAGCUAAAAAGCAGCAAAGCAAGCUUCACCAUCAUCGUCAUGGAACUCCGAGCAUCACAGACACCACUGAAGCUGACAGAAAGGGUGUUGCACGUGUCCCAAUCGGUACAAUGUAAGGAAAACAAAAAGCACACACAGCCACACUGACAUGAAACAUUGUACAAAUUAUUUACAUUUUAUGUAAUGUUGCACUCUCACUUGAUUUAUUGGCCUGGUUUUUUCAUGGUGGGGGAGCCAUUGGCACUUUCUGCAAAUAAAAUGAUUAGAUGAAAUAA